CUUCAUAGUUCGCAUCUGACGAAUCUGCUGGAAAAUGAAAUAAAAUAGCUCACGAGCACGCACACAUCCCCCCAGUUAAGACGAUCCCCUGUUGAUCCAUAACACCGAUACUUCCUACUGUGGUAAAUGUCCAAGAACUGAAUAAAUCAGUGAAACAGCGUUACUUCUUGAAGAAACAACUCCACCCACUCGUCCAUUCAGCGCCAUCCAACAGCAGCAGCUGUCGGAUUAUACUAUACUAUACUAUACAAUCCUAAAAAAUAAAUACAGUAGACUUGAGACCACAGGCAUUAGAGCGCACACUGCUCACCACUGACUUCAGGAGUCUUACCAAGAACGAGAAUCAGUUCUUCAAGAUCUAAAAACCAUGGCGGGCGCACCCGCAGCAAGCAUGCACGGACCUUCUGCACCCCCUGCAAACAUGUUCGAUACAGUCCCUGGAUAUGAAGGAACAGUGGCUGGUGGAGGCGGUGGGUAUCUUCCACCUCCAAUGCCAUCUGUACCGAUGCCUGUGCCUGAACAGGCCCCCAGCCCAGACUGGCAUAUACCCUCCAUCUCAGAGGACAGGGCACGUCAAGCUUUCUCAACAUACGUCUCCAGCAAGUGCUGCUACAGUUCUGCCCCCGUCAGAGAGGGAGUCAUAACCAAUAUGGAGUCCUUUAAUACCUACAGGUAUCGUUUGGAGACGUUCAUGGAGUCCAGAUCUACUGAAUGGAGUCAGGAGCCUUACGCAGGUCAGCCUGUGGAUGCUGGUGUUCAACCUGCUCCAGGUCCGUGGCAGAUUGCAGCUCAACCUCCGGCCUUCUUUCAAGAGCACAAGCAGACCAUUAAAGUGCCCUAUACUUCCUCAGUCAAGAACUGUCACUUGUGUCUGGGAAUGGGAAGAAACCCCUGUACCACCUGUGCUGGAGCUGGAAAUAAAGUCUGUUGGGUGUGUAAUGGUUCAGGUUACCGUCAUUCUGAUGACCGCUGCACACACUGCAAUGGGCGUGGACGUGAAAACUGUAGUUCAUGUAGCGGCAGCGGCUCUUGUCAGUGUGACACCUGCCGUGGAAAGAGACAGCUGCUCGUCUUCAUCAACCUCAAUGUUAAAUGGAGCAUAGAGAAGGAUGACUUUUUAGCGCAAGAUUCAAGCGGUCUGAAAGUGGAAAAACUGGAGGAGGUUUCAGGGAAGGAGCUCUAUAAAGAUGCCCAGUAUAUGGUCUAUCCAGUGAGGGGCUUUCCUGAUGCUUCUGUUGCACAAGCUUCGGAGCGCUUAGUAAGAGACCAUCAGGUGAAAUACGCCCAAACAUCCCGCAUAUUACAACAGAGGCAGACAAUCGAGCUCAUUCCCAUAACCAAAGUGAACUACAUGUGGAAAGGAAAGCCUAAUGUUUACUAUGUGUAUGGAAAUGAGUUUAAAGUGAACGCUGAUGACUAUCCCGCCACCUGCUGCUGUUCUGUCAUGUAACAUCAAAUAAACAUGACCUGAUGUACAGUAUAAUAUAAAUGCUGUAUAUCUGUUAAGAUGAACAAAUGUAAUGUAUUGGGGCUUGAUCAAUAUACAUCCUAUAAAUCCCAGAAUCAUGACAUCUGUAGCUAAGAGACACAAAACUCAACCUGCCCGAAUGGGGCAUUGUUUAUGGAGCUUAACCAUGUACACUGUAUGUGACAUUUUAUCAUAUGGACUCAAUAUGACCAAAUGUGAAUUACUAAACCUCUUGUUGAGGCAUUUUUUUCAGAAGCCUUAACUACUGAAGAAUAUGAAGUUUAGUCUGUAGUAAAUAUACAAACAAAAACAAUGUAUUGAGACUAAGAAAGUCCAAAUAAACUUUUGAGAAAAGACCCCAAAA